AUGGAGUUUUUUAAUUUUUUGGCAGACUGUUUAAAAAAAAUGAAAUCUGAUGACACAUUACCACGAGUCACAUCCCCGCGCAUGUAUAAUGACGGCAAUAUAACAUUUGAAGGGUUGAUGGUGGUUUUUGCUUCGUUUUCCACUUAUUUGCAAUAUUUAAACAUUUAUAGAUCAGUAUGGUGGUUACCUAAUUCAAAUUAUACUUUAUGGAAAAUACAUUUAAUUGAUUAUCAAGUGGUUAUAUUUAUACUAGCUAUGCAUUGUCGAAGAUUUAUAUAUUGCUUAAUAACAUGGGUUUUCCACAUGUUAUGUCCUCAAAAUUAUUGGAAAUUUAUAAGACUGUUCAUUAGAUUAUUUGUUUCAGUCACACUAUUUAUUUUAUUAGCACUAUUAGCAUUUGAUCUCUACUUAAAGUACGAUUAUUUAAUAAUAAUUUACUUAUUUAUGCCGAUAAUUGGUUAUUUAUGCUAUUAUGGUUUCAAAGCAUGCCCAUUUUUCGAUAUGAUGUGUAUUAGUGAAAAAGAAAUAAUUAUCAAUGGCAAAUCAUUAAUUCAAUAUACAAAUAUGCACAUAUGUACAUCAAACCCAAAAAUAAUUCGAUCAGAAGUGGAUAAUAUGAGAGAUGAUUUUAAUAAUAGGCUAACCCAAAUACUGUUUUCUUCUUUUUUCUCAGCAUAUUAUGCAUGCUUUUUACCACUAGUAUUUGUACAAACUUAUGUGGUUUAUGAAGAACAUUGGGUGUUAAUGCAUUUUCCUUUUGUAAUGAUGACUAUGGGCAUGAUGCUAUGUAUUCAUUACUACCCUGUUAAGUAUUUCGAUCACUUACAUAAAGCAGCUAUGCACUUGGGUCGUUGGAAGAGAGUAAAAUUAGAUCGCCCUCACUUGCCUAUACAUUUAUGGUCAGAAGAAGUGGUAUGGCAACAAGGAUCAUUAGUUCGACAUAAUCAAUGUUUGUAUAAGGCUGAAGGAGUAUCAAAUGUAGCUGAACCAGGAAAAAAUGCUGAUAAAGUUUUUUAUAGAAUUUUCAGUAAUCCUUCAGAAACAAUAUUUUUUACAUUGGCUUCUAUGCAAGUAUCAUUUAUGAUAGUAUUGAUUAUUGCACUGGUCAUCAGUUUUCAAUGGCAUCAUAUAUUUUACCUUUCAUUUGUAAUGCUAUUAAACUAUGUUACACUGUGUAAGACUUUAUUUAAUUACCGUAUGACUGCCAAGAUAUACAAAUUGUUAAAGGAAAAAACUCAAUAG